AUGCCUUCUUCAAACGUCUUAUUUUUCUCGUUAGCUAUACUAAUCAUCACACUCUCCCCAAUACCAAAAUUCUCUUCUGCAUCUUUAAUGGAAGCCAAUGCUCUUCUUCAAUGGAAAGCAAGCCUUAAAAUCCAAAACAAUUCAUUUCUCUCUUCAUGGAUUCCCCUCCCUAUGAAUUCCAGUGCAUCACUUCCAUGCACUUCUUGGUUUGGAGUAGUAUGCAAUGCUGAUGGGAGCAUUCACAAGUUGAACAUCAGUUCAUUGGGCUUAAAAGGUACACUCCACCAAUUUUCAUUCUCUUUGCUACACAAUCUUACGCAUUUUGAUCUCUAUGAGAACAACUUCUUUGGCCCCAUCCCACCAGAAAUCCAACUUUUGUCCAAAUUGGUAUAUCUUGAUUUAUCAUCCAAUAAGUUUUCAGGAGUAAUCCCACCUGAAAUUGUGAUGCUAGCCAGUCUUGAGUUCCUCGACGUGUCUUUUAAUAACCUGACUGGUUCAAUACCACAAGAGAUCGGUCGAUUAGCAUCUGUCUAUUAUUUAGGAUUGGUCUAUAAUCUUCUUCAAGGAGAAUUACCUCCAACAAUGGGAAAUUUGACAAACUUGUCUUAUCUAUAUCUCCAUAAUAAUAAUUUAUGUGGUCCUAUACCACCUAAUCUUGGGAAUUUGAAGUCUCUCACUUGUCUUGGGAUGAUGAACAAUCACUUUAGUGGUUCUAUUCCUUCAUCACUUGCCAAUCUGAGCAACCUACAAUAUAUGUACCUCAAUGAGAAUAAAUUGUCAGGUCAAAUUCCUACUGACAUUGGGGAUUUGAAGUGUCUCACUAAUCUUCAGGUGAGCCGAAAUCAACUUGGUGGUUUUAUUCCUUCAUCACUAGCAAAUGUGAGCAACUUACAGCAUAUGUACCUCAGUGAGAAUAAAUUCUCUGGUCACAUUCCUAGUGAUCUCGGGAAUUUGAAGUCUCUCCAUGGUAUUGAGGCGACUCGUAAUCAACUUAGUGGUUUUAUUCCUUGA